AUGGAAAUAAAACCAUGUGAAUUGUUGAGAUUUGUUAUACCAACUCUUGCUAUUCAUUGGUUCUGUAGUAAAAGGAUGCUUUUUAAAGAAAGCCGAAGUGUUCACAAUCAUCUCACUUCUGCUCCGGCAAAGAAGAAGGUGAUUCUGGCCCCUAAACACAAAGUGAAGGACUCCAGUCCUAAGAAAGAACAGAAAACCUGUAUGUCUUCAGUCAAUUCAAGCUGUGCUACUGUACUGAGUUCCAGCACACCUGUCUGCACCCCAGCCAGCUCUAGCUGCACACCAGCUCCAGAGACGAUCUGCUUGGAUGACUCGCUGGAUGAAGACCUCUCUUUCCACCCACCCUCACUGGACUCUAUUUCUGAUGCUCUGGCUGUUAUCAAUAAUGGUGCCAAGGGAUCUCCUCUUGGGUCCACCAUAGACACACCAACAUCUAGACCUCGCCCUGGGCUGAGGGAAGAGAAACUAGCAAGUAUUAUGAGUAAGUUGCCCUUGGCAACUUCAAAGAAAGUAGAGCCCACUCAAACACCCCAUUCAUCAAGUCUUAUUGCUGGUCACACAGGGCCAGUACCAAAGAAACCCCAGGACCUAGUUCACACUGGUAUCUCUUCAGGCCUUAUUGCUGGAUCUUCAAUUCAAAAUCCUAAGGUUUCCUUAGAGCCUUUGCCAGCCAAACUACUUCAGCAAGGACUACAGAGGUCAAGCCAGAUCCAAGCUGCUUCCUCCUCUUCACAGACUCAUGUCUCUUCCUCUAAGACCCAAGCAGCUAUUUCCACCUCCUCUCAAAGAACCAAGGAUGCUAAUAUCUUAGUAUCAUCUUCUGAGGCUCAAGGUGGUUCUUCCUCGACAUCACAAGUGACAAAGGUGCACCAGCAUUCAGCUGUACAGCAGAAAUACGUAUCUCCUUUACAAGCAACUAUUAGUAAAUCACAGACCAAUCCAGUGGUGAAAUUAAGUAGUAAUCCCAAACUGUCUUGCUCAUCACCAGUCAUCAAGGCUCAAGAUAAGUCUGUAGUUUAUCGCCUGCCUUUGUCUAAUUCCUCAUCUGGAAGUGGCUCUAAAGUGUCUCACCCACUGGUUUCUCGGACAACAUCCAGCACCUCUACCUCUAGUAACUAUUUAGCCAAGGCUAUGGUGUCACAAGUUUCUUCCCAGGGUUUCAAGCCUCCCUUCUCCAUGGCUGCCUCUCCCAAACCUGCUGCCUCUCCCAAGCCCACUGCAUCUAAGCCCUCUGUGACACCCAAGCCCAAUGCAUCACCUAAAUUUUCAUCCAAGUCCACCUCAUCCCCCAGGCCUGCAACAACACCCAGUUCUUCCAGUUCAAGUGCACUAGUUUCCCCGAGUAGUCACUCCAGCAACAACCCCCUUCAUAAACAGACCAGUGGUGUAAAUAUCAGCAGGCAGUCUCCCACAAUGAACUUGCUGCCCUCUAACCGCACCUCAGGCCUUCAGCCUGCAAAGAACGCUCAGGCUUCUUCAAAAUUGCCCAACUCUUCUCCUUCUGGAACUGUUGGUAAAAAUAAUUUGGGUGGAGUUGGAAUGAAUGUACCUGCCAGCAGAGGCAGUAACCUUAACUCAAGUGGAGCUAGUAGGACUAGUCUGUCUGGGGGAGCAGGAAGUGGAACACAGGGUGCUACUAAACAGUUGUCAACUCCACACAGACCAUCUUCUGCCUCAGGGUCUCCAGUUGUAGCAGCCAGUGUGCAGUCAACAGCAGGAGCAUCAUUACUGGCUAACGCCUCACCUCUGACUCUCAUGGCAUCACCCCUGUCUGUAACCAGUCAGAAUGUGACGUCUGCACCAUUGACUCCUUUUGGGAUGCUGGGUGGCCUUGUUCCUGUGACCGUGCCCUUCCAGUUUCCCUUGGAGCUGCUUGGCUUUGGGACGGACACAGCUGGAGUGACCACCACCUCGGGAUCUACCUCAGCGGCUUUCCACCACAGCCUAACUCAGAACUUACUGAAGGGUUUACAGCCAGGUGCUCAGCACGCAGCAACACUGUCUCACUCACCUCUGCCUGCUCACUUGCAGCAAGCUUACACAGAUGGAGGCCAAAGUAAAGGGGACGCUAAGUUACAGCGGAAAAACCAGUGACUUCUGGACAAGCAAGGGAGCUGAAGCAGUUCUGAUUGGCUGACAGAAUCUGCCCAGUUGGGAAAGUGCUUAUUGUCACAGGGCUGCUGUUUCUGUCGAUGUUUACAUAUUCUGAUCCCAAGCACUGUGGUGAGAGGAAGAAGAAAAAGAAAACAAUACUUGAUCAAAGAGAGAAGGAAAAGGAGGACUGGUCCUCCUGGUCAUGCAGACUGGUUAUAGUUUGAUCUUGCCUAAAGAAACAAGCUUUUUUUAUCUGCUCUGAUUGGCUUUUAAAAGAAAUUGAUCGUCAAACCCACAGCAGCACAAACGUAUUUUUUUUUUCUGGGUGAUGUCCAAUGAAGAGUUGAAAGCAUGAGAGGAGCUAGAAUAGGUUUAUCCAUCUACUGUGUAAGGUGGAAUCAUCCCCUUCAUUAGUGCCCAAAGUGCCCAGUAUAAGCUUAUGUGUAGGUCCUGAGUGUAC